CACUCAGCGACAUGUGGCCGUGAGGCUCGGGGCCCCGCGUUUCCGCAGUGAGUGAGUCGCUUCUCAAGGCGCUUGGGGGCCGAGAACGGGCGCAUUCUCAUCGGAAUCAGUUGUGGGUCGGGACGACGAUGAUCACAUGAGGCCUCAGGGACUGAGCUAAAGCGGAGAGAGCGGGCCUCGGACUCAGUUUUGCAUUUUCAACUGAGUGUAAAAGAUGGGAGGUCGGAAAUUAACUGAACCUGCAGCAGCUCCAGAUAACGAUGAAGAUUUUGAAGGUGGAGAAAAUGCUCAAGAAUGUGCUGAUAAUGGGGUGUUUGCUCCAACAACUGGUCAAAUUGACUGGUGUCCUAUCUGCCUGAGCCACUUUGUGGAACAAGAAGUGGCUGUUCCUGAGAGCUGUUCUCACAUUUUUUGCCUGAGGUGCAUUCUUGCGUGGGCUGAAAAGCGCAGUUGUUGCCCAGUAGACCGUAAACCUUUCACUGUGGUUUACAAACAAGACAACAUAAAGAGUAACAUAAAGAUCCCCAUAAAGCAAAACUUUAAUAACAAUUCAAGAGAACAGAAGGAAGGCAGCAAUGAAGAGCACUGUCAUAGUGUCACAAGAGGAGACAUUGUCUUGAAUGAUGGGUUAUGCACAUGCUUAAAGAAAAUAUGUGAAAGAAACUGUGCUGCUUGGCAACAAACAGAAUUUUGUGAAAUACAAAGCACAAUGAUCAUGACCUCUGACAAAAGGAACAGUGCUUCCAAGAAGAGGAAAAAUAAGGUCAACAGAAAAACAUGUUACCAGCCAUGUGUGAGAAAUGACCUCAACAAUUUCUCUCCGCAGUAUGAGAAAUCAGAGAUAUCCCAUUCCCAGGCUGAAAACAGCGCAGAGUUUGUUGAUAUGUGUGAAAUUGCAUCACUAAUCAGACAGAAGAGAAGAGGACCCGAGUCACUUAGAUUCCUAUGGCGAACUGCUGCCACUGCUCUUACAACAGGAACAUUAAGAUAUGGAGUAGACUUCAAUUCUGUUGGAUAUGAUGAAGCAGCAACUGCUCUCCCUCUGCAAGACCUGAUGUCAGAAAUGAAUUUUCCAUCAAACCCAUUUGCACUGGGACGUUCUGUUCAUUUUCCUGGCAAGAUGUGUGCACUUGCAGGCACCAGAGGAGGUGGAGAGAAAAAAAAUAUAUCUGGAACAUCAGGUAGUACUAAUGCAGGGAAUAAUGAAGCUUCUCAAGGCAGAAGAAGAUCAAUGCGUAUCAGCAAAGCAGAAAAAUUGGACAAAUCUGCCAGCUCCACUCAAAGGCCUCAGUCAAGCUCAGGUGCCUCAGUUCCUAAAACACCCCCAGAAUGUGCAAGAACUCCACCUAAAAGGGCUGGAAAGCAAAAGGCAAAAAGGAAAUUGGAGACUGAACAAAGUAAAAUUCCCCCUGAUAAAAAGAAAACCAGAGUUACUCGCAGUUCCUAUAAGAAAUCUAGUUCUAGUAGUUCCGAUCCAAAUGAUAGCCCUUUUGUCAGUGAAACUGAAUAUCAGCCUCAACCUCCUCUUUCCAAUGAAGAGCUGUUGACAAACCUGGAUAAUAGUGAUGCAAGCCAUACAUCAUCUAAUGAUUGUGGUUUACGCAUGACAUUAGUGGAGAAGGAUAGUGAGGAGGAAAAUAAUGAAAAGGAGCAUGAUCAUGUGGAAAAUAAAAACUCUUCUGUCAGUGAAGAAAGCUGUGCACCAAUCACUGACCAGAUUAAUAUUGAAGACUCAGGAAACUCAAAUCUUCCACCAACUACUGAUGAUAAAAAUUGUGGAAGUUGUGUGGAACAUAACUCAGGAAACUCCACAGAACAUGGAGACAAAGAAACUAUUGAUAAUGAACAGAGUAGUUCAAAAAAUGGAAUUUAUUCUCUCAGUGAAGAUGCAACCUCUAUUGCUGUGACUAAUAGUGAUCAAAGCAUUGGCCAAGUUAAAUACCUUGGAAGUCCAUCAAAUGAAGAUAGUGCUGAGAUAGAAAAUAAGGUACUUUUAGAAGAUCAAAAUUCUGAACAAUAUGAAGCAGUAGAAUUUACAGAAACAAUGGACAAUUCUGAACAAGUACCUGCUUGUGUGGGUGAUACCGGAAGGCAGUCACCUGUUGAAAGACCAGGCGAAGAUGUUGUAGCUACUCAUCCCAAAAGUAGUAUGUCCUCAGAGAGUUUCAAUUGUGAGCAAUUGAAGGAAACAGAAUCUGCAAAAGUUAAAGGUAGUUCAGAUGAAGAAAACCAUGCACCUGAUUGUAAAAGUGACAUUGCUGGAGAGUCAUUUGUUGAAAUUCCUGGAAAACCCAUGGAUGAUAGUGACCUGAUGAGCAAAAUGUCUUUGGAGAAUAUCAACCCUGAGAUAUUUAAAAGAGUGGGAUCUCUGGAAAUGUUAGGUGUUGAGAAAACAUCUGAUUCCCAAAGUGUUAUUGGCCAGCAGUUUGCAGAAACUCCUGAAAUGUUUAUGGAGGAUAACAACCCAAAGAGUGAAAUAGCCUUGGAGAAUAUAAAAACAGAGCAAUUUGAGAUGAGUUCUACAGAAGUUUUGGGUGCACAUGAGCAAAUACCAGAUUGUAAGAUUGAUGAUUGUAAGUCAUCAGUUGAAGACCCUGGUAAAUUCAUGGAGAAUGACAACUUGAAAAGCGAAUUAGGUUCUGUGAAUCUCGAAGCUGAGCAGUUUGAGAUGGACCUGGGGCGAGAUUUAAGUAAACCAUCUCGAACAUCUGAUAGAAAAAGUGACAUUGCUCAGCAGUUACCUGAUGACAGUCCUAUAAAAAUUACAGAAGGUGAAAGCUUAAAAAGAGUAAUCUCAGAUGAACGUGAUCGCAAUCAGAUGACUUCAGAGACACAUGAAGCUUCCGAUGAUAAAAGGACCAAACCCGAGUUGUUUAUUGAUGGGACUGGCAGUAGUGGUGCUGAGGACUUUAAUGUGGACAACAAUGAAGUAGUGGCUAUGGAAUGUGAUUCACCCAUCAAUGACCAUCAAAUGCCUGAAGCUGAACUUGAUUCUCAAAAAAAUUCAAAAGAAAAUGAAGAAGUAGGUUCUGCUUUAUCCUUUAGCUCUGAUCACGAGACAUUGAUGCCAGAUAGCACUAUUGAAAAUACCAAUAGGGAAAAUGCAGUCCAAGAACCUCCUGAAAGUGAAGUUAAGAAAAAGUUAGAACAGAAAGGAAAAGGUGUACCACGUCGCAAAUCUAGAUUCCAUGCAGCAACCACAACUUGGUCUCCAGAAAGGGAAAGAAAACGUGAACAGAAGAGAUCCAGGUCCAAGUCACAGGGACGAUCUGGGUCCGCGUCCAGAUCACGAGGAAAGUCUCGGUCCCAAUCACGGGGCAAAUCCAGGUCCAGGUCACGAGGGAGGUCCAGGUCCAGAUCGCGAGGGAGGUCCAGGUCACGAGGGAGGUCCAGGUCGCGAGGGAGGACCCGGUCCGGAUCGCGUGGGCGGUCCCAGUCCGGAUCGCAUGGGCGGUCCCGUUCCGGAUCACGCAGGCGGUCCCGUUCCGGAUCACGCAGGCGGUCCCGGUCCGGAUCGCGUGGGAGGUCCCGGUCCAGAUCGCGAGGACGAUCAAGAUCGCGAGGAAGAUCCGGCUCCAGGUUAAGGGGAAGAUCCAGGUCCAAGUCAUGGGGUAAAGACCACCAUAGUCACUCAGACAGGCCUGUGCAUGAAAGAAACCGUUUGAAAGGAGAUGAUAGUGACCGAAGCAACCAAGCUUCUCCAUCCUCUAGAAAAAGAUCCAGGACUCCCAGUAAAGAGGGGGACAAGGAAGAGCUUUCAAGUGAAGUUGAGAAGAGGGAAGCUGAAGCAGAUAAAGGAAGAAAAAGCAGACUGCGCUCUAGGUCAAGAUCUAAAUCCAGAAAAAGAUAUCAUUCUGGAGACAAAGAAGAGAAAGUUAGUUUUUCUCCAGGGAGAAGAGAUAGAUACAUCGAUGACAGCUGGAGAAAUAUUCGAGGAAAGGAUAGAUCCAGAAUGAAUGAUAGGGAAAGGCCAAGAGGAUAUGAUAGAUUCAGGAUAGAUAACAGGAGUAGAGAAUUUCAACAAACUAACAGAUAUGCAGAUGAACAGUCAACUGUAAGUACUAAUGAGUAUAUAGAUGACAGGAAUCCUGAAUGGGUGAUGGAACAAUUGCAGACAUCUUCUGAUGUCAGUAUGAGAGAAAAUGAAUACAGGAAUGAUGCCAAAUGGGAAGAAAAUAGAUACGAAAGGGAUGAUUCUUGGGGUAAUAGGAACUUUGGUUGGAAACGUGGUCGUGGACGUUUUCGGGGAGGUUCCUUUCAUGGUGACCAAAGUGAAAUGCCAUGGCAGAAUCGACGGUCAAAUUUCUCAGGCGAGCAAAAUAAUUCAGGGAAAUACCAAGGAACUGGACCCCGCAGAUAUAAUGACCAUCAACAUAAUAGGUGGCGAGGUGAUUCAAAUGUAUCUUCUGAGGUCCGUGACCGUUCUGGGUGGUCAUCUUUCUCCAGUUGGAAUGCAAGGAAAACUCUGCCAGCAGAUGUCCAAAAUUACUACGCCAAUAGGGGAAGGCAGGCUUCAAGCGCACAGUCAAGCUGGAGAGGGCCUGAAGAGGAACAGUACCAGGCUUCAUCAGAGCAAGAUUCAUCGCAUGGGGUGCCAGCCUUCAGCGACCAAGCAAAUCAGCAAAUGAAUGGUUCUCAGCAGCCAGUUAAUAUAAUGCAUCCACCUGUUUUGCCACAGCCAAUGAAUGCACCACCCCAACCAAUGAAUGUCUUUCCAUAUCCAAUGAACGUCCACCCACCACCCCCUUUAAUGCAUUUCCAUAAUCCGUUCAUCCACCCUCCUCCUCCACUGAAUGUGCAUGCAGGAAUUCCUUCAGUGCAACCAACUGCAGCUGGAAACCUGCCUAACAGCCCACCUCCACCACCGCCUCCGCCUCCACCAGCCCAAUCAGUGAACUAUGCGAUUCAGCAGCAUGACAUGGCACAGCCUCAGAUCAUCCCUCCUCCGUGUAGUGUUCCAGACGUGGAUUUGCAGAGCAAUACUGCUUCUGUACCCAUUCCAGCUGGAGGGCCUGGCAAGACGGUUCAAGUUCCACUUUCUAUAGACAUUUCCACUUCAACUUUUCAGUCUGUGCAACAGGUCUUCGCAUCUCUUUCAACUUCAAAACCUACAAUAGAAAAAGAAAGCUUGAAGGAAGAAUUUGAACCAGAAAAGCUCAAAAAGGACAAGAAAUGUACUAUUCAAGAAAGGGCUGUAGAAGAAGUGAAACUAGCCAUCAAGCCUUAUUACCAAAAGAAGGACAUUACCAAGGAUGAAUAUAAAGAAAUUGUCCGCAAGGCAGUGGAUAAGGUUUGCCAUAGCAAGAGUGGUGAAGUCAUCCCAGGAAAAGUAGCCAAUUUGGUAAAAGCAUAUGUAGAGAAAUACAAACAUGCAAGGAAAGGGAACCCAAAGCAAAAUCCUGAGGAAUGCAGUAUCAUUGGGAACAAAUCUUUUUAAAUAAUAAAAUGCUGCAGCAGAUUGGUUACAAGUGUUAACAUGAACCCAAAAUAGAAUGAUGAGUAGGAACUUUGUUAUCUAUUGGUUCAUAUAUUUUUUUCCCUACAAAGAUUAGGUGUUUUUCUAAGAUCGAAACAUUUGAGACAACACAAUAACGUGAAAUGAAAGCAUGCUGUUGUUAGUUAUUUGGAGUUGUAAGGACACUUGCGUAUAAUAUGAUCUGUCCUGGCCCCUCAUGUGGGUUGUCACUAGAUCAGUUGUAUAAAAUGUGAUAUUUGUUAGAUGAUUUCCUAAUGUAUCAAAUUAUCUCUUGCUGAUUUUUUUUUGUUAACUCUAGUUAAGUGUUUUUGUAAACCGUUUGUAUGCUGUACAAAAGCUUCCAGGUUUAACUGGAAGGAUCUGGAUCAUGUAGUUGCACUAAAGACUGGCGUCUGAGGCUGAUCAGCUGUUUUAGUGCAUAUAGGUUCUAAACAAAGAUGAUUGCUUAACACUGCUAGGACUGUUGCUCAGUGGGGAAAUGUUUGAUAAAAGAUUUGAUUCUAUAGUUUCAUUUUUGAGAAAAGCGGAAAAGAAUGGUUAAAAAUGUGAGGAGUAUUCUGUAAUACUUGCCCAACACAGCAAAAUAAAUUUUCUGCUGCUUGUCAAACUAGUUUCUGGGUCUUGAUGGACGCAUGUAUGGGUUUAAAUAUACCCAAGUUCAGAUAGCAAAUGUAGUUUUACUCCAAAUGUAGCAUCCUCUAUAAGAGUUGAAUUAUUUUUGGUUGAUAUUCUGUUGAUAAUGACAGUUGUAUGUUCUGUUUAAGGUAAUUAUUUCAUCUUUGGUGCUGACCUUGUUCAGAUACUUCUCAUACAAAUCAUGACAAUAGACAAUUUACCAGAUUAGAUUAGUCCUUAUUAUUGAAAUAUCACAUACAUAUAUAUUCUAAAUAUAAAGCUUCAGGACUUUAUUAUCAAGUGAAAUGUAUUCUUUUCAGUAUUUUCAAAGGCUCACAUUCUGAAUUUCUACAAAUUGCAAAUCACUUUUGUCAGCAGUGCUUAACCAUAUUUGUAUUGGAACUAAUAAUUAUGUAGAACAAUACCAUAAAGUUGCUUCUAGUUUUUGAUCAUCUGCUUUUGAAUAUCCCUAUACUGGGCUUUCCUUUAAAUGCUUUCAUUACUGCUACAAGAGACUUGACACUUUCACAGUAGAACAUACUUGCAUUUUUGAGAAAAGAGCCAACUCAUCAGGAAAGCAGCAUGUUAUGUAUUUCAUGUUGAAGAUAUCAAUUUUGCUAAAACGCUUUACACGCACAAAUUUUAUGAAUUUAUGAACAUGGGAAAUACAUUGAUUCCAGGAAGAUAAGGAUUGUCAGUUUAUGCCCUUCAAGAUGCCAGAUUAAAAUGAUUUUCAACCUCCUAAUAGUUACGUUAGUUAUGUUAAAUCUAUAUAAAACAUUGGUUCAGCCUCAGCUGGAGUAUUGCGUCCAGUUCUGGGCAUCACACUUUAGGAAGGAUGAGGAGGCAUUAGAGAGGGUGCAGAAAACAUUGCCAAGAAUGGUUCCAGGGAUGAGACGUUCAGUUACGUGGUAGAGUGGAGAAGUUGGGACUGUUUUCCUUGGAGAAGAGAAGAUCGGGAAGAGAUUUAAUAGAGGCAUUCAAAGUCAUGAGGUGUCUGGUUAUAGUAGAUAGGGAGAAACUGUUCCCAUUGGUGGAAGGAUAGAGAACCAGAGGGCACAGAUUUAAGGCAAUUUGGAAAAGAAGCAAUGGGGACGUGCUGCGUGCAAAAGUUUUUCCUCAAGUGGUUAGAAUCUGGAAUGCACAGCCUGAGCAUGUGGUGGAAGCAGAGUCAAUUGAGGCUUCCAAAAUGGAAUUGGGUCAUUAGCUGAAAAGGAUAAAGUUUGCAGGGCCAGGAGGAAACAGCAAGGGUGUGGAACUAGGUGAACCAGAGGGUUAAUACAGACUCGACGGGCUGAAUGGCCUCCUGUGCUGUAACCAAGCUAUGAUUCUAUGCUGAAAUAUAUUUAAACAAUGGAAUAUCUUGAAAGUUAAAUGUGCAUACCCACAGUUGCUUAACAAAUUAAUUUGCAGCUUUAUGUAAUGAUGUUUAGAAUCUUAAAUAUUUCACAUUCUUCAUUCUCGUACUACAGAAUGCCUAUCCAUUGCAGUAGAAAAUUUGGUGUUAUGGAGAAGUUUAAUUAGAUUUUUAUGAAUAAAUGAGUAACAAGGGGUAUUUGUAUUAUUUCUGCAUAUGAUAAGCUCAACAAAAGCUUCCACAAGUGGUGCUUUUGUAAGAACCCUUAAAGCAGUUGCUCAUUUUCAGUGGACUUUGCUUGAAUUUCCAUACCUUGUAACAUUGGAAUGCAUACUUUUUGCUUAAGUAAUUCAAUAAGAGAGGGCCUUUAAUUGUUGUUUCAAUGGGAAGAAAGUAAGGUCUCUUGGAUUAAAGAAAUUGCUGGUCAUACCUUUAAUUUCCACUUCAGAUUGAGAGAGAUUGUGCUUCGUUAUCCUGGAGAGGAACAAUGUAGGAAAAUGUAUUAAGAGGUUCACUUUGUUGGGUGAGAAGAGACAGCUUUACAUCCUAUUACUUCAGGCUCAAAAUGCAUCCACAACUCAUUACACCUAAACCAAUCCUCAGGAAAGAAAUUGUCAGGUUCAUUCCCCUAUUAUCCAUGCAUUGUAUCCUAGGACUAAUGGCAAACAUCAGCUUGGGGUGUUUUUCCCCCUUCUGAAGCCAUUGACUACAGCUGUUUUUAUGGGGAGGGGAAAAUGUAUUUUCAUGUCCCAUUUUUCAUCGUGACCAUUUGCGGUGAGUUUAAACAUGUUAAUUGGCAUGGUUAAUGAUAACCAAUGCUAAUCUUGUUCUCAUACUAAAUUUCUUGGGCUUGGCCUAAAUAGCCAAGUGGUUAUGGUACUGGGUUUGGAACCUCAAGAUCAAGAGUUCAAAUCUCACAAUGGCAAACUAUGAAACAAUGUAACUUCAUCUGAAACAGAUGGAAACAUGUUUGUACUUGAAAGAGUUACUAAAUUUCCUGCAGUGUCAUAAGAUAGGAACCAUAUUUUUUUCUCUGUAAUCAAGGGGUGCUUAGACCAAUUGUUAAUCUGUUGCCAUCCUGGUUGAGAUCAGCUAACUCAACACUGACCUGAAUUCUGGGUCUAUUUGAUCUGGGCAGCACAAAUGUACAUGUUCACACCAACUGAGCCACUUAGAGAAGAAUGCCUGUUUUAAGUGUUAGGCAGUGUUAGAAUCUCAAUUGUUAUUGAUAUAGGUCAGCUUCAGGCCUCACCAAGAUUCCAUACAAAUUACCUGCAAGUGAUAGCUACACAGUUUAAAUUCCCAAAGUAGAUAGCCCUGCUACCAGAGGACAAGCUGCUUCAGGAUCCUUGAAGAUGUAUAUCUUCAUGAUUACCUUUGUGCAGGGAGGUAGCUGUGAAGCUGUUGAUAAAUCGUUUAUUGAAACCAAGGAUCUUCAAAACUAGGUGAAUCAGGAUAGAUCUUUAAGAUACAUAUUCCAGAGUCUCAAAGUCAAUUUUGACUAGUCUUCCAGGGAGUGCUAGUAAUGAAAAUGGUACAAUGGUAAUGAUAACAUUGAGUAAGAUGAUUUUACGGUUACACCAUGUAAAAGCUUAUCUUUGCCAUAUGUUUUUUCAAUCCUUACAACUAGAUUGACUUGGCACGGCACUUUCUAGAUGUACAUCUCUGCAGCAGCAGGUAGAAGUAGACAUUGGUUAUGGUGGAAGCCACUCAGUAGUGGGCAUUGAUGAAGUAGUAAUGGUAGGUUUGUCAUAUAUUGUUUCAAUGAUAUGCAGUUGAUAUAUCCCUUUUUGUCAUUGCCAACCAGGAUUCAUUAAUCUUGUUUUUACAUACAUCAUGGUCAAGUGGAUUGAAGUUGCAAACUGUAAGGAUCAUAAUACAAGAUGCAUGCAGGAUGUUCCAAAAGGCCCAUCAUCCAUCUGGAAUUUUCCAAACGAAUGAAUAGCAGAUCUUUCCAGCAGUAAGCACAGUUUAGCUGAUGGUUAUCUGCACAAGCUUUAGUCCUUAGCACAUGUUAACUGAAUCCUCCUAACUUCUUAAAAAUGAUCCUUUUAUACAGAAUAUGUUGCAUAGAAUAAUGUAGAAAAAAAUUGCUUACGUUUAAUUUUAUAAACAAAGUUCUGUAUUCCUUUCCCUUCUCUCUGAUUUGGUGAUUUAUCAAUUUCCUACUAGAAUGGUAGAUUGGUACAGUGUAUUUCCUGGGUUGCUAAAUUAACAUGUUUGACCUAUUUUUGUAAAUAGUCCUGUUAUUUGAUGUACAUAGUUUAAAUUAAUAAAACCAUUUUGGUUUG